CCGGCUGCUACAAGAACUGCUCUGCGAAGCUGCAGCUUUUCAUGACCCUUAACAUGCCAAUUUCGAAGGAGGUUCGAAAGGUGACACCGUGUCGCCAAAGCUGUUUACCGCCGCCUUGUGGUUCAUCAAAUUACUGGAUUGGAACGAGGAGGUAUACAAGUUGACGGGAGAUUCCUCAAACCUUCAUUUUGCGGAAGGCAUUGUACUCUCGAAGAAUAUCACUGAAGCGGAGAUGGGAGGUUCGAAAGGUGACACCGUAUGGCCAAAGCUGUUUACCGCCGCCUUGGUGGUUCAUCAAAUUUCUGGAUUGGAACGAGGAGGUAUACAAGUUGACGGGAGAUUCCUCUCAAACCUUCAUUUUGUGGAAGACAUUGUUCUCUCGAAGAAUAUCACUGAAGCGGAGAUGGGUUUGAAAGAAGUAAAGAAAUAA